AUGAGCUCGAAGACAUUGUUCUUCAGGACGGAAAUAGUUGAGGGGAAGUCUUUGACUUUUCAGAGAAGGGUAAGUAACACUUUAAUGGAGGUCCGAAUGAGGGUUUCAAUUAAUAAGCGUAUAUCGACAAGUGGACUUCUUCGACACAUAAGCAUCCCACGUAAGCUUAUUGGACACAUCAGCGUGCCACAUAAGCAUUGUAACCGCAAAAUCCUCAUCGCCCAUCACAUCCUCGUGUUAGAGAAGAAGCAUGAGAAGUUGCAAUAUCAAACCCUAGAGCAAGUGUCCGAUUUUUUCUAUGUGGCGGAAAUGGAGCUCGAAUUCAACAGAAUCCAUUUACCUGAAGGAGUGGCUCCAUUCACACAUAUUACUCGAAAUGAACGUUCAGGCCGGAAGCAGCAGAUAAAGAAAAAAGAUGAGGAUAUUGCUGUGUGUGAAUGCAAAUUGGAUCCUGGUAAGACUGAGCUUGCAUGUGGAGAGAGGUGUUUGAAUGUAUUAACCAACACAGAAUGCACCCCUGGAUAUUGCCCUUGUGGCACCUAUUGCAAUAACCAGAGGUUUCAAAAAUGUGAAUAUGCAAAGACAAAGUUAUUCAAGACGGAGGGCCGUGGAUGGGGUCUUUUAGCUGAUGAAAAUAUCAAGGCUGGACAGUUCAUUAUUGAAUAUUGUGGAGAAGUAAUAUCUUCAGAAGAAGCAAAGGCCAGAUCUCAAACUUAUGAAGCUCAAGGAUUAAGGGAUGCAUAUAUAAUUUCUCUUAAUGGCAGUUACUUUAUUGAUGCCACAAGGAAAGGAAGCCUUGGUAGAUUUAUAAACCAUUCCUGCCAACCAAAUUGUGAGACUAGAAAGUGGACGGUUUCAGGGGAAACUCGGGUUGGGAUUUUUGCAAAACAAGACAUUUGUGUUGGAACUGAACUUGCAUAUGACUAUAAUUUUGAAUGGUAUGGUGGCGUUAACGUGCGUUGUCUGUGUGGGGCCCCUAACUGUUCUAUUUUUCUUGGUGCAAAGUCUCAGGGUUUCCAGGAGCAUAAUCAUGUCUGGGAAGAUGGCGAUGACAGAUAUACAGUUGAUGAAUUCCCUCUGUAUGAUUCUGCUGAAGAUGAGGCACCUUCAGAAAAGGUGAACAAGAUUACUACAGAAGAACCCCCUUCAGUAGUAACAGUGAGAAGAAACGAGGUUAACAACAACAACAACAACAAUGGUUUUGGAUAUAAACACAAGACCAAUUUUUCAGGUGGUAACAUUAAGCGUGGUGGUGGUGGUGGUGGUGGUAUGGUGGUUUCUGGGGCGAAUGGUAACAACGGGCCUGCAAAGCGGGCAGGUAAACGCAGACCGAACCGAAAGCAAAAGGCUUCGGGCAGGAAACCGGUGAAUGGAAAACGUGUUGCACAACUCUUUGCUUCAAAGAAAGUACAAGAUCAACUCGUAAAAUGCGAGGAGAUAAGAAGUGAAGCGAGUGUGAUGCUUGAUGCUGUGUAUGAUGAAAUACGGCCUGCAAUUGAAGAAAGGGAAAGGGAGAGUCUGGACAGUUUGCCCACAAAUGUAGCAGAAAAGUGGAUAGAGGCUUCCUGCUCUAAAUUAAAUGCAGAUUUCAACUUGUACUUCACAGUCGUCAAAAAUGUCGUCUGCCCUCCUCCUCCUCCUCCUCAAACUUAAUGUCCUUCUUCAUCAACAACAACAUAUUGCAUAUGCAUGUUUGGGUCUGGAAUUUCAUGAUGUAAUUUUAUUGUUCAAAAAGUUUGUGAAUGGUAGGAGCCUACUUUUUUUCAUACAAAUUCUUUGCAUAGUCAGCAAGGUAAGGAACUCUCACAGUUUGAUGAUAUAUUUUAUUUAAAGUGACAUGACAUGACAUGCCAUUCCAAGUUUUGUUAGAUCAUGCUCUCUUCUCUUCGACGAUAUAACUUCAUGGCAGCCCUGUCGUGUCGUGUGAUGCAUAAUUCAAUCUCUUGUCUUGAGGCUUGUUACUCUCACUUGAAAGAAUUAAUUUAUUUUCUUUAUUUUUUGGGGAAAUAACAUUUCACACUUUAUGGAUAUUAAAGCAGCGUUGAUUAUUUUAUUGGAAAAUGACUUAUAAGG